UCAAUUGCAAAAUAAAUAAAUAUUCACACAUUUACCCCUCCUCACAUUCAAUCCAACCAUGGCGGCUUCAGCCAUCGCUGCGUCACCAUUUUCAAGCUUUCCGACCAGGUUACACUCUUUCCCACAGGCUGCCGGAAAAUCAUUCACCGGAAUAUGUUUGUCAAAACGGGGUCGUUUAAGUGCCGGGAAAGGCCCUUCCAGCGUGUGCCAGCCACUCCCUCCCGACAGGCCCAUCUGGUUCCCCGGUAGUUCACCUCCUCAAUGGCUUGAUGGCAGUCUUCCCGGAGAUUUUGGCUUUGAUCCACUCGGACUAGGAUCCGACCCGGAACUACUGAAAUGGUUCGCACAAGCCGAACUAAUGCACUCUCGAUGGGCAAUGCUCGCGGUUUCCGGAAUCCUCGUACCCGAAUGGCUCGGAAGCCUCGGAUUCAUAGACAACUACUCGUGGUUCGAUGCCGGUUCAAGAGAGUACUUUGCGGACCCGGUAACCCUACUCGUGGCCCAAUUAGCACUCAUGGGUUGGGUCGAAGGGCGGAGAUGGGCCGAUAUUGUCAACCCUGGUUCGGUUGACAUCGAGCCCACUUUGCCACACAAAACGAAGCCGAAACCCGACGUGGGUUACCCGGGCGGGCUGUGGUUCGACCCGUGGAUGUGGGGUAGAGGGUCGCCCGAACCCGUUAUGGUUUUGAGGACUAAGGAGAUCAAGAAUGGGAGGCUUGCUAUGCUUGCUUUUGUGGGCUUUUGUUUUCAGGCUGUUUACACUGGGCAGGGCCCACUUCAGAAUUUGGCGGCCCAUAUUGCUGAUCCGGGUCACUGCAACGUUUUUUCGGCUUUCUCAUCACACGUAUGACCGUAUAAAUCAGGAAAUGCACGAGUUUGUAAAAAUUAAAAUGGUUAAUUUUAUCGACGAAAAUCUUAUCGUACACGUGUAUAGAUAAUUAGUCGAAUAAUUGCUUAGUCGAAAAGUUAAUAAAUUUGAUUAAUUAAAGAAAUCAUCUAAUUUUUCCUUAAUUGUGGCUUGACGUGACAUUCAUCCGGGUCUACGUGUACAUGUAUUUGUAGAGUUUUGGUCUUU